UAAAUGUGUUUCCUCCCGGAUCAUUUUAAUGAGCACAUUGAAAUUCUACGGAGUGUUUUUGGUGUGGCGCUUCUCAUCUGAUUAGAUCAGAGUAUCGUCUUAUCUUAACAUAUUUUAACAUCACAUUGAGGCUUAAUUUUCUACCUCAGUCACCUCAAGAUGGCAGGGAACUUCUGGCAGAGCUCGCAUUAUCUGCAGUGGGUUCUGGACAAACAAGAUCUGAUGAAGGAGAGACAGAAAGAUCUCAAGUUCCUCACAGAGGAGGAAUAUUGGAAGCUACAGAUAUUUUUUGCCAAUGUGAUUCAAGCUUUGGGGGAACACUUGAAACUCAGGCAGCAGGUCAUUGCCACGGCAACGGUGUACUUUAAGCGUUUCUACGCCAGAUACUCUCUGAAGAGCAUAGACCCUGUGCUGAUGGCCCCCACAUGUGUGUUUCUUGCCUCUAAAGUAGAGGAAUUUGGUGUUGUUUCGAACACACGCCUUAUUUCAGCAGCAACGUCUGUUUUGAAAACAAGGUUCUCUUAUGCCUUUCCAAAGGAGUUUCCCUUCAGAAUGAACCAUAUCUUGGAGUGCGAGUUCUACUUACUGGAGCUUAUGGACUGCUGUCUGAUCGUGUACCACCCUUACAGACCGUUACUGCAGUAUGUGCAGGACAUGGGUCAGGAGGACAUGCUGCUGCCGCUGGCUUGGAGGAUAGUGAACGACACCUACAGGACAGACCUUUGUCUGCUUUAUCCUCCGUUCAUGAUAGCACUGGCCUGCCUGCAUGUGGCCUGUGUGGUGCAGCAGAAAGAUGCCAGGCAGUGGUUCGCUGAGCUGUCUGUUGACAUGGACAAGAUCCUGGAGAUCAUCAGGGUGAUUCUGAAACUCUAUGAACAGUGGAAGAACUUUGAUGAUAGGAAGGAAAUGGCUACUGUGCUCAACAAGGUGCCCAAACCCAAACCCCCUCCUAACAGUGAGACUGACCAGAGCUCAAACGGGAGUCAGAACAGCUCGUACAGUCAGUCCUAGAGCGGCCCCUGCUGGAGGACCUGAGGCGGAGCGAUUCAGAGAGGCAAACACAGCACAUCCUGGCACAUCUGAUCGCUGCUUUUCACAAGCACAUCGUUUUAUGACUGGGAAAAUCGAUUCCUGGCACACACAUCCUCUCUUUCCCUUCCUCUGGGUUUUUCUAGCAAUCAGAGCAGAUAGAAUGAUGCCACAUCCUUGCUUCCUUCCACCAAUCAGAGCAGCCCGUGUCAGAAUUGUUCACCAAUCGGAAAUCUGCUUUGAUGUAAGAGUUUCUUGCCAAGCUUAAGGCUAUAGUCUUGAAUGUUAGACACACACACACACACACACACACACACAUACACAUAUACAAACGCACCUCAUUGGGUAUCUGCUUGAUUAAGAGGGGUGCUGUUUUCCCAGAUCUUGUUAGUCGAUGGUCCUGACUUCCUUGAAAAGUCCCAUGAAGCUUUCUGUCAGUGGACGCUCUUUGGGAACUAAGAAAACUUGAUUUUUUUUCUGUCUGAGAGCGAUGAAGAGAGAGUGUGUGAGUUAAUUGCAAAUGUAUUUGUAUGCGUGCCUCUCGUUGACCAUAUCACAGUUUGUAUUCCUCAGGGAAACAGAUCAGUCCUCUUUACAAAGUGGCUGUCUGUAAACUGAUUGGCCACAGGGCUAUGUGACGGCGAUCUUUUGAACCCUCGUACUGUGUAAUCAAAUCCUGAUUGGAUAUAUCCCGUCUGUGUGGAUGUGAGUUAGAAUGCACAAGUGACACGGAUAGUUGAGUUGAUCACUCAAACUGCAUUGUAAAUAUGCUUUCCAUAUAUAGCCCUUGACUUUUUUUUUUAUCAUUUUCCUCUUAUUAUAAAUUUAGUGUAUGAUUAUGCUAUAUGUGUACUUGCCAUAACCCAAAUGCUGUGUUUUGCCUUCAUUCUGUUAUGUUGAACUGAUGUCUCUGUAUAGCUGCAGCACACUGAAGCAUCCAUCACAUUUAAUGG